AUGGAAAGUAGUAAUUCACCGUCAUCUGUGUUAGAGGAUUUGGAACGAACUUUCGUGGCUUCUGAUCGUUCGGGUUUUGAAACAGUGCUCUUUUCUGCCAUCAAGUCGGCGGCCCUCUCAACUUGCCAACCCAAAGUCGCCACUGCGGAGGAUGCGGCAGCUUCCUUAAGCAGCCAGUCUAUCGACGAGACCUCGAUCGAAGCAGAACUUUUUGAGUAUAAUAAGCUGCUUGACUCCAUCUUUGCAGCUUUUGAGGAUUUUCUCGCGAACUCAGAGAUUCCUGAAUGCGGUAGCGCUGGAGGAAGUGUUGGCGAUGAUAACGAUUCGCUGAGUAGGCUCAAGAAAAAACUGGGCGUUGUUUGCCCCAAAGUGCGUACUCCAUGUGGGCAGAUCUUCAUGGAUCAGGAGCCCACAUUUCGAUGCAAGGACUGUUCAACUGAUCCAACCUGUGCCCUCUGUCGCACUUGCUUCUUCGCUAGCAUUCACGCCAAUCACAGAUACAAGCCUGGUGCUGUUGACAGCCACACUGUAAAGUUUUCCUGUGUCACUUGGUCGUUUAAUGAACCUCCGAGAGCUUCGAGUUGCAUGAAACGCUACCCUGGGCCACCUAGUUUUCUGGACUCCCCAACUUCUGGUCACAUCUCUGACUAUCCCUUGAUGCAUGCCUCUGGUGGUGGCUACUGCGACUGUGGCGAUGAAGAGGCCUGGACUAGCGGUGCUUGGUGCAGAAUCCACGCAGGGGAGGGUGAUGUGGAAACAGGCGAUGGCAAGUCCUCGGGCGCAGACACAUUCCGCAGUGUUAGUGAGGAACUAAACCUUGAAAUGGAACUCGUGCGCUCUCGCCUCUCCAAACUCCCUGUCGAUGUGAUACGUCGAUGCACUUACCUUCUGGAACCUCUCGUCAAUAGCGCUUCCGUUGUCCUCUUUGAGCUGCUUCAGGGUUCUCCUCGUACAGACUACCCAGCGCUGAGCAGUACUCAUUCCAAGCAAGAGGUUGGAGCUGAAAAGCCACGUGAUUUCGAUACGGCGGAGGCAGAGUGCUUCUGGCCGCCUCCUCUAAGUCAUCUACCGAGCACAUCUGCUUCCGAGGACGCCUCUCAGUUGGGCAUUGGUCAUUUCCCGCACACCUGUCCCUCCAAUCGUGAUGCUGGUCACAUGGAGGCUCGUUGUCUGGCUCAACAGUCCAGAGCCCACCGACUUCAUCCGGCGCUCUUCGACUCGGUGGAUGGCGAUGUGGUGUCCGGUGUGAAAAAUCACUACACAGUCAUCCUUUAUAACAAUGAAUAUCACAAUUAUGAAGAUGUAAGUCAUAACAAGGACGUCUAUGGUGCUUCUGAUUCUCGGUCAAAUUACCACAUCCUUCUGCUAAUCUUACAUCCGUUUCUAAAUUUACCAUUACUUGAUUUAUUGAGAAUGCAAAAUCCUCAUGUUAUCAAAACGGUUCGUCGCCUAGACGGUUGCACCGCUAAGCAGGCGACUCUGUUUGCCAUCAUCGUUAACCGCGACGGGAGGACACCGCUUUUAACACAUCUGACUCGCCAGAGCGCCUGCGAAAAAGCUGCUCGAGUUUCGGUAAGUUCCCUUGGCCUACAUAUAAAACGGGGUGGCUCGAAGGCGUUUUCCGAGGUUUUUGUCUGGACGUCUGUACAUUCUGCGUCAACACGCCACAUGAUUCGUCCCUUGCGAUCAUCAGCAAUGGAUCACCGAGUCUACGCCCUAGAAAGUUUCUUUGUUUCUGUCCUCCGUUGGCUCCAGCGUCUGGCCUCGAGUGUCCACGCCCUGCGUCCCCUCAUCUGCAACGCGAUUCUUGGACGCUUUGCAUUGACGACCAGCGAGGCCGCUGAGGUUAUCCGUUUGCCUGGAGAAAUGAUGCUUCCCAACUGUCUUUUAGCGCAUAUUUUGGAACGAUUUACUCUUUCACAUAGAGGUACUUUAGUCUGUUUGAAAUUAGGUGUUCGAAAAACGGCCUCUCGACUGAUCGCUGGGGUUUUUCUUCAGGAGCCCUAUCACAGACGAAUAUUUUCGAUUGAAUUUACUCGACACUUCGAGACUAUCUGUCAAGCCUACAUUUAUGAUGAUCAUCUAGAGGCCGACAAUCUCUUUGCUUUGACUUGCCAAUUCUACACCGUUAUCAGUUUGGUAAGUUGUUUGCAACGUGCACUAAACGCCUCUACUAGUAUACCUCUUAUUUUUUUAAUGUUUUUGUUGGGGAUCCUUGUUCUCCAACGUAUCCUCUCGCGACUCGCACGCACAGUUGCCCACAACAGCCAACCACUGCCAGCGUUUUACGAGGUUUCGCACUCAAACAUCACACUGGCCAGCCUACUCUCGCCCAAGUUGCCGGCCCUGCCCUCGGUGUUCGAGACUCGCCUUCGCGCCCUGCGCAGCGCCAACCCCCAGGCCUGGGCGCGCGCCCACGAGGCCCUGACGAGCGGCGAGGCCGAACCGAGGGCCUUCGUUUGGCGCCACGUGCCCGACGAGAGGCCCGAGUUCUGCCCCUUCGAGCGCAUCCUCCACACGACCUACGACUUGCGUUACGUUCUCACGAGUCUGCUGAAUGUGCGACCCCUAGCGGGCGAGUCGUCGAAAUGCCCGUCGAGUUGGUGGGGCGUCAACGCCAGAAAGAACUUCAUGGUAUUCUUCCGAACUCUGCUCGAGAUGCUGGGCAACCUGCAGGAUAUGAAUGGUAUGCAACGAGCAGUUCGGAUUCAUGUGGAGAUUGAACAGGAGUGGAUAAGCACCUUCAAGAUGAUGUCUCAUCUGAUCUACGUACUAAAUCUCACCGUCCAAGUCGCCAGCUCAGAUCGAGUUCUCCUCAUUGAGGCUAUCAAGGAAACCCGAGAAGCCUAUGAGAAGCGCGUUGGCCUGUUUGAUCGCUGUUUCCGUGUCAAGCCCUUCGAUGGACCCUACGCCUCUUCAGAAGGUAUCAACGGUUUGACGGUGCAGUGUUUGGGUGCCACUUCGGAGAUAUACGAGUACGAUGUCUCAGCGUUCCGCGUCAGUGUGAUGCAGCCGCUUCCACGACUCCUCGCCGCUCUCUAUGGCCACGCUCUUGAGAUGGGUCUCUCACCAGUUCAGGUUGGCCUUGCUGAUGAGGGAUUCGCCAACCUCAUUAUUGAGCGCCCUCUUCAAACUAUUUCAUUCGUUGCCCAGUGUUCAGCAAAUUUCUGGGUUCGAAAUGGCCUGAUUGUGGAGAACAUUAUCUACAACAUGUACAACGGACUCCGUGUGGAGAUGGUCGAUCGAAAUUACCAGCUCCUGCAGCAGGCUGCCACUGUUCUGCCCGCGGAUGAGCUCAUCGUGCGAAUGAUCCACAAACUGAAUCUGCACGAGUUCAUGUGCGGGGAACUAUCCCACGUCAAACCCGGGACUGUCCAGUUUGUUGAGGCUCUUCUUCGCACAAUUCUCUACCUGGUGACUCAUCGGUCUCGUGAUGGAGUUGGGUACUUCGACCCCCUUAUUGUGUCUUCCACACCCUCCUCCCUAAAUCUCUUUCCCGAAAAGCUAAAUGAAAUCGACGAAUAUUUGGAGGCAAACUACGGCCAAUUGAUCGAUGACGUCGUUCAUGCACUAUGCACCAAAGCGAUGACUCACUCGGAGUUGUUUUCGGCUCUGCCACACCAACCGCCUGGGUGCGUCUUGCGGAAGCCUCCACCCUACCAGCCCUCCAACUCAGAGGAAGACACUCGCUUGAAUAUGAGGGGCAGUCGAAAGGACACGAUUGAGCGGCCGCUGGCGAAAAUUCUUCAACAGAUUGCCACCCCCGCGACAUCCGGUUCUAAGCAGGUGUUUUCGAUCAAGCCCGAAGUGAUAUUGAGCCGAUUUAAUCGAUUCUAUCCGGGUUACAAGCACACUGAUCAGACAGUGGCCGAGGAGAAUGUGGCGCGUGUCUUAAAGAAGUGGCUCCAGGAGCCGGGCAACCCGGUGGCACUGCGGUGUCGGGGCCUGCCCGUUCCCCCGCCUCCGCCCCGCCCGCGUCGCCGCUUCGUUCGACCCAUGGAAAAGCCCCUGUUGCAGCUGGUGCGCUGCACCACCUUUGUCCGACUCGUUCGCCGCCUCUUGGAUGCGGAGCUGUCCUACGGCCGCGUACAGUCGUGGUGGUCGGAAACUAUUAACGAACUGGUGCUCCAUCUUAUCAUUGUAGCUCUCUACGAAGAUGCGAUUACUUUUGCCGAGAAAGGCGAAAAGCCGUUUCUCGAUGUUGUUUCCCGUGUUCCAAAUACGGCGGAGUCUGACGCCGAACUGGAAAAUCUGGCUGCCUCUCGACACUGGACCAAACAACAGACACCAGCAUCACCAAGCUCAUCAUCCCCAACCAAGUGGACCCUCAAGUUGUGGGACGACGUUGUCGCGAAACCCCACGACGAGGCUUUUGCUGGUGUCGUAGAGGUCAAAAAUGUGGAUUCGCCAACGUCAGAAAAGCAACGAAAGCUGGAGGCUAAGCGCCAGCGCCAGGCCAAAAUCCUGGAUAAGAUGUCGGAGAUGCAGCGGAAGUUCUUAGAAGCUCACUGCCAGGAAAUGUCGAACGUCGAAGAGAACGAUACGCCGAUGGACACCACGCCUCCUCCUGGAUCUGCCAGCUCAACCAGUCAUCCGUCCACCCUGGAGGACAGUUCUGACCGUGCUGUGGCGCUGUUCAGUGCCAUGGGUCCUCAUCGCUUCGAAGAAAGGCGGUGUCAACUCGAGGAGAAAGUCAAAACCACGGUGACCUGCGUACUCUGUCUGGAGGAGAUUCCGGAGAGCGAUAAACACAAUGUGGUGGUCGCUGCCUACGGUUGUCGGUCCAAUGUCCUCUCCAUGCCUCUCUUUCACGGAGAAGCCGUGGAUUUUGUUAACGAGACCUGUCAGUCGGACUGCGUAAGUGGUGGAAACUGUUACAAUUCUGAAUAUAAUCUGGCUGCCAUCGCUACAACUGCGGUCGCUGCAUCGCUGGGAAGUAACGAAAGCAACAUGACCCAACUUCCACGUUUGGUCUGCGGAGUUAAUGCCGCUGGAGAGGAUGCCUCGCCAACCAAACCAUCAGGCUCAUCGGACAGCAAUCAAUCGCACGCGGCACCGUCGGCGAAACCGAAUAGCCUUGACCCCUGGUUCCCUCGUCCGUUGGUGUCUAGUAGGUGUCCGGUCGGAGAGGAGGGCACAUUCAUAUCGACAUGCCCCCAUCUGAUGCAUGCUGGAUGCAAGGAGCGCUACGCAGCACAAUUAAAGAGCCAGAAUGAACAGCUUACUCGUCAACACAGGUACGCCAACAAACCUCCUCUAUACGAGUUUCGCUGUUCGUUGUGUCGGUCGCUGGCGAAUUUCGAUGUGCCCCUUUUUGGACGCCUGCACGACACUCUGCCAGAGGCCUGGGUCGCUAGGUGUCUGAAGAAGCCCUUUGACUUUGCGAAUUGGUUGAAGACACUUCAUACUUGGCUCAAAGAUUGUUCAUGUCUGCCUUCAGCACCGUUGCAACAAGUUACAUUCAAUAUGUCGGAGCUUCCAGAUGCCCCAGAGAGUUUUACCAACCUCUUCGUCGCUCUCGGUGAUAGUUUUUCCCAACACUGCGAUGAUUUGCUCGCCAAGAUCUGCGCCAGUUGUGAGAGGGCUUUUUGUAAACCAGACCCCGAAUCAGCUGCCGAAGACGAGGAGGAGGUUGAAGAACCAGAGGACGAUGGACGUCCGCCGUCAACCCCGCGUCGAAUUCGUCUGUGCCUCUCUCGCGGCCUCUUCCGACGCUUCCUUCUCCGUCGGUCUGAAACCGUGCCCUCGGAAGAUUCAUCAGCUCAUCCAUCACGGUCAACGAGCACACUUCCACUGGUAUUUGUUCCGUUGCUACAGCGACCUCCACAGGACUCCGUGAAAGUUUCGGCCGAUCUCUGGACUUUUGUGCAACGUCUCGUAACUAUAAGCCAACCGAAACCGAUUCAGUCGCUGCAACGAAAUGCCAUGAGGGCACAAUUUCUGGAGUCUGGAAAUUUGGUUACCGAGAUCCUGCAGGCAUUGAAUAACGCACAAGAAGCCGUAAACCUGGUGGUAAAUGCCAACUUGGAGGGUGACGAUGAGGCAUUUGGUGAAGAUGACGGUAUGGAGGGUGGUGGUGGAGAAACUGCUAUUGAGACAGUGCUCUCGCACCGUCCUCCUGCUGAUCGUCGACACAGCAGCAUCGGCGGGUCAGGUGUGGACGACGGUGGCCUUCCUCCGAGCCUCUCCGAAGCCGCCGAGGAGCUACACACGAGCCUCGUUAGCAGCUACUCCCACUUAAUGGUUCUUUCUGGGAAGGAUGAAACUACAGCAGGAACAGGUCGUCACCUAACGCAGUCCAUUAGUCGCCUGAAGGCAGCACUGGUUUGCACACGUCGUCGCAGCUUUCAAGCCAUUCUAGCGGCUGCCUGUGAAUGGCGCGCAUUGAGACACUCAAUCGCCUACACUCUUGUCAUCUGGGAGCGAUGUCUUCGCCAGCUGGGUCCAGACAACAAUUUCUUCAACGGCUACCUAGCAGAUCGUCACAAGCUCGGCCUGGGCUACUUGAUGCGGGCGGCCUUUCAUGCACACGCUCGUCUAGCGCCUGUUUCCAGGUGCGCCUACGGACCUGAAAGUUCGCCGUCUCAGAAGUCCUGGUCCCGGUGCCUUCAUGAUCCGUCCUGGUGGUGGUGGUACUGCUACUUUGCACCGGAAGACCCGAAGCAAGUCUCCGGCUGCUGCUAUCCGUAUGCAGUAAGAGCGUCUUACUUGAUUGAGAAUGUAACCCGAAUCGCCGUGACCCAGGACGCGGGCCGCCUGUGGCGCCUCCUGCUUCCCGACAGUCACGCCCUCGCCGGCUCCUCGUCCUCCGCUCCACCCUCCACCCAGCACCUCAGUCAGCACACUGCCAUGGAGGUUGAUGAAUGUGGCACCUUGCCGUCUAGUCAUCUGCUUGAGCAGCCUCCACUAUCGCCUGACGCACUCAAUGUGCCUGCUAGUCUGCUUUGGGAGGUCGACAUAACCUUCCUCUUCCUCAACCUGCUUUUCCUGCGCCCCGGCGUCGAAAGCGCUGAUCAACAGGUGGAGUGUCAGCGCAUCGCAGUGCCGGAUUCGGCGAACAGCGAGGACGAAAAGGAGGAGCGAUUGCCGGCGGUGAUGUGCGACGAGGGCUUCCCGCGCCUUCCCAUGGGCGACGCCCAUGAGGCCUUCGCCCUGCGCGUCUGUCACUUGGCUCUCCUUGUGCAAGCCCUCCUCUCUUGGCAACCGGACAGGCCGAGCCAAACCCCCUCCUCUUCCGCUCUGCUCGAUCCGUGUGCUCCGCUCUGGAUGAAUGAGAAGGUGCGCCCUGUGGCUGCUUUUGCUGCCAAUCACAUGGUCAUUGUCGACAGUCUUUCCCCAAUGACUAUGCACUGUUGUGCCGAUAUGUGCUUUAUCCAUGUCUUAACUUUGGGCCUGUGCAAAUCUCUUUCCCAGCUGCUGACUGUGCGCCGUCGUCUUCAGCACCUUUCGGGUCUCCCGGUGUGUUCAAUUCAGCCUUCACCGGCCACAUUAUCUCAUCUGUUCGCGCACAUCCACGCGCACUGUCUGCCUUUUCUGCGAGUCGCCGCCUUUGCAAUUUACCAAAUAACCGGCGUCGAUGUGCCCCCGGCCUUGAGCAAUCCCUCUCACCAGAAACCGUCAAGUACAUCGGUUUUCUCCACAUCAGUGUACUGCGAAUUUAGUCUACUUUUGGCCUAUUUGGGACUUUCGCAGUCACCCUCCGACCUGCUCGUUUUGCUUUCCGACUCGGAGGCAGUUGCUUCCCCCCACUGCACCACAAUCGACGAGACGUCUGCAUCCAGCUCCCUCUGGCUUGCUAGUUUGAUGACUUCGUGGUGUCUCCUGGGUCGCAACGCUAUUUCCAGGGGGCUUUAUUCGAAUUGGCUGAAACCAAAGUACUUGCCCAAUGCCAGCUCCUCCCAUAUUCUGCCGGAGCCCCACAUUCGUGUCCCGCAUUUGAUCCAACUGCCUAAACAAUACGUUUCCCUAAUGGCACUUGCUACUGAACUAAAGACCGUCCACACAGGCAGCAACAUUCACUCGGAUCCAAGCCUUUGCCUGGUCUGCGGUGCAGUGGCAUGUUUUGCCUGCUACAGCUGCCGCAGAUUCGAGCAGGUGGCUGAGAUCACGUACGUGCAUGGCGGCGCUUCCUCUUCCUCGCGCCGAGAAGCCGUGGUCUACGACAUGCAGGCUCACGCCAGGCGUUUCCACUCCGGCUACGCCAUCGUCAUGCUCUUCUCUGGUCGUGUCCUCCUCUUCUCCGAACAGGCCAGACGCACCACCGAGCUACCGACGCCCUAUAGAGACGAGUUCGGCGAAACUGAUGUUGGCCUUCGUCGUGGGAAUCCUCUUUUCUUGGAUGAGAAGGCGUACGAGGAACUAAAUAGAAUUUGGCUUAGUCAUCGGAUGAAUAGUGCCACAACCUCCAACCUAUACCUUGUUUAG